AUGGAAAGUAAAUUUGUAAGUAAUUAUUCAAGCAAACCCGAAAACGAUUUAACUCGUCUUGAGACAAUUGUUGUCAUAAAUUGUGUCCUCAAUGUUCCACUAAUGCUCGUGUCCAUCUUUGGAAACAUCUUGGUGCUGGCUGCCAUUCUAAAAACAUCAUCUACUUCAUCUAUUUCUUCUCCAAGCACAGUUUUCCUCUACAGUUUGGCCCUUUCAGAUCUUCUCGUUGGCGUGGUUGUACAACCGGUUUACAUUGCAAAUGCCGCAACUGGGAUGACUUAUCUGCAGACAACUAUGGCUACCUUAGCCUUUGCAGCUAGCGGUGUCUCCCUCUUCACUAUGACAGCCAUAGCAGUUGAUCGUUCCUUAUCUCUUCACUAUCACAUGCGAUACCCGCAACUGAUGACAACAAGUCGCGCCAGGUACCUAAUGGUAACUCUUUGGAUCAUCGCCGUGUUGCUAUCCUUCUCGCAUCAUCUGAGCGAUCUCACCUACUUCCUAGUCAUUGCUCUCUGUAUCAUCCUUUGCCUUAUGACUUGCAGUGCUUGUUACAUUGAUAUUUAUCGUAUUGUUCGCCAGCAUCAGUUACAAAUUCAAGCCCAACAACAAGCGGUAUUAAAUGCUGAAUAUAAUCAUACCGUGAAGAAAUCAACCAAAAGUGCCAAAAACACUUUUAUCUAUUUCAUUACUAUGGUUCUUUGUUAUUUGCCGAUGUUUAUCACCAAGGCAAUAACUUCCGUUUUCCCCGAUCUGUGGACAAAUGAAUGGAUCUUCACAGAAACGGUCGUGUUCAUGAACUCAGCCAUCAAUCCCUUCCUAUACUGUUGGCGCCUUCGCGAGCUCCGGGUGGCAGUUUUAAAGAUAUUACAGUGA